ACCUGGAGCUGCCUGUGAGGAUAGCUAGCCCGCUGCAGUCACGUCUAUCGCCGCCAUGGAUGACCUUUAUGACGAGUUCGGAAAUUUCAUUGGCGAAGCAGAGUCCGACGACGAUGUCCAGACCAACGGCGACGCAGCGGAUGCCUACGUCCUCGACCAUGACGACGACGACGAGGCCGAGGCCGAGGCCGAGGCGAACGACCAGCAGCUUAUGCAAAUCGAUGAAGGCCCGUCCAACGCCGUAGUCCUUCACGAAGACAAACAAUACUACCCCUCCGCCGCCGACGUGUACGGCCCCGACGUCGAAGUCCUGGUCCACGAGGAGGAUACGCAGUCGCUGGCGCAGCCCAUCGUCGCGCCCGUGGUGCAGAAGAAGUUCACCAUCCAAGAGACGGAUCUGCCGCCCGUCCACCACUCGCGCGAGCUUCUGACGGAUCUUAUGAACUUCCCAGACCAGAUACGGAACAUCGCAAUUGCUGGUCACUUGCAUCACGGAAAGACGGCGUUCAUGGACAUGCUGGUCAUGGAGACACACGAUAUCCAGGACCGCUUGGAUUAUAAAAAGGGCAAGAAACGCGAAGAACAGCUGCGCUACACCGACGUACAUGUGCUCGAACGCGAACGAGGCCUGUCGAUCAAAGCCGCGCCCAUGAGCUUGGUCCUGCAAAAUACAAAGUUGAAGUCGCAUCUGUUCAACAUUCUCGAUACACCUGGGCACGUCAACUUCGCCGACGAGGUAGCCGCCUCGUUGCGCCUGGUCGAUGGCGUAGUUCUCGUCGUCGACGUGGUUGAAGGCGUGCAAGUCAACACAGAGCAGAUCAUCAAGCACGCCGUCUUGGAGGAUUUACCUCUGACACUCGUCGUCAACAAAAUGGACCGCUUGAUCCUCGAGCUGAAGCUACCGCCGAGCGAUGCUUACUUCAAGAUCAAGCAUGUAAUCGAGGAGGUCAACACAAUCAUUGAGAACACCAUUCCAGGAAGGGGGGAGAGCAGGCGAGUAAGCCCCGAAAAAGGCAACGUCGCCUUUGCUUGCACGAGUAUGCGAUGGUGUUUCACUAUUCAGUCGUUUGCCAAAAUGUACUCCGACUUCUACCCAGGACCCUCAAGGCUUCCCGGAUUCGGCGUCCCAAUGAAGGGUCUGGAGGUUGACAAGUUUGCAAUGCGCCUAUGGGGCGACAUUUUCUACAACCCCGGAAGCCGGAAAUUUAGUCGCAAGAGGCAAGAGGAAGGCUCUCAGCGGUCAUUCGUUCACUGGAUAUUGGAGCCUGUCUACAAGAUCUACUCACACACGCUGAGUGAGAGUUCGGAUGAUCUCAAGGAUACUUUAGAAGUCUUGGGCAUACGAUUGAAGCCUUCCGAGUACAAGACAGAUGCGAAGGAGCUCAUGCGACUGGUAUGCCAACAGUAUUUCGGGCCUUCCUUAGGUUUUGUGGACAUGAUCACACACCACGUUCCAUCACCCGCCGAAGGCGCAAAACGGCUACUGCAAAGACACUACACUGGGCCUUUGGACUCGAAAACCGCAGAAGCCAUGGAGAAGUGCGACCAGAAUGGUCCCCUGGUGGUGCACGUUACGAAGCUAUUCAACGCGACGGAUGCAAAGUCGUUUACUGCUUUAGGUCGCGUGAUGAGCGGUACUGCGUCAAAUCCGCAAUCUGUGCGUGUACUUGGCGAAGGCUACACGCUCGAGGACGAGGAAGACAUGGUCGUCGCGACUAUAACAGACACGUGGAUAGCCGAGUCAAGAUAUAACAUACCAGUUAGCGGUGUGCCAGCCGGUAACUGGGUUUUGCUGGGUGGUGUGGAUAACUCAAUAGUGAAGACGGCGACUAUCGUUGCAACCAAGCUUCCCGAAGAUGAAGACGCCUACAUAUUCAGACCUAUUCGGCAUUUCUUCGAAUCCGUCUUCAAGGUGGCCGUCGAACCUAUCAAUCCCUCCGAACUACCAAAGAUGCUUGACGGUCUGCGUAAGAUUAACAAGUCGUACCCCCUCAUCACAACCAAGGUCGAGGAGUCAGGAGAGCACGUUGUCCUCGGUACCGGCGAGCUGUACAUGGACUGUGUGCUACACGACCUUCGACGACUAUAUGCCGACAUGGAGAUCAAGGUCUCAGAUCCCGUCACUCGGUUCUGCGAAACAGUCGUCGAGAUGUCUGCUAUCAAGUGCUAUGCGCUUACACCUAACAAAAAGAACAAGCUUACCAUGAUCGCCGAACCGCUAGAUCCAGGUAUUGCGGAAGAUAUCGAAGCUGGGAAAGUCAACAUCAAAGACCCGGUGCGUGUGGUCGGAAAGUUCUUCGAGGAGAACUACGGCUACGACUUGCUAGCAUCGCGCAACAUCUGGGCGUUCGGGCCGGAUGACAUGGGCGCCAACAUCCUCCAAAACGAUACACUCCCAUCGGAAGUUGAUUCCAAGACACUCCGCACAGUGCGCGACACACUGCGACAGGGAUUUAGCUGGGCAGCCCGAGAAGGUCCCCUUUGCGAAGAGCCCAUCCGUAACACCAAAUUCCGUAUCACAGAUGUCGAACUUGCGCCAGAAGCGAUUUUUCGAGGAGGCGGUCAAAUUAUUCCCACAAGUAGACGAGCAUGUUACUCAAGCUUCCUAAUGGCGAGCCCGAGGCUGAUGGAACCGGUAUACUCGUGUAGUAUGGUCGGUCCCGCGGACACUAAAAGCAGUCUUUAUACAGUCCUAGCACGGAGACGAGGGCACGUCCUACAGGAUGGUCCUAUCGCCGGUACUCCUCUUUACAAUGUGCGAGGUCUUAUCCCCGUCAUCGAUUCUUUCGGCUUCGAGACCGACCUCAGGAUCCACACCCAAGGCCAGGUGUCCCUCUCGCUCGUCUUCGACCGCUGGUCCAUUGUUCCGGGCGACCCGCUCGACAAGGAGAUUACAACACGACCACUCGAACCUGCAACCGCACAGCAAUUGGCGCGCGACUUUGUACUGAAGACACGGAGAAGGAAAGGCCUCGCGGAAGACGUCACAAUUAGCAAGUUUUUGGAACCGGAGCUGUUUAGAAGCCUGAAAGAAAGCGGAGUGUUGGAUGGAUAAGUUGGAGCGAAAAGCUUGUAUCAUUGGCAUUGGCGUAAGGCGCCUGGCGCUAAUUGUACAUUUGAAAGCAUCAUGGAGGUAUUUCGACAGUAUGAGCACCGCGAGUUGGAUCGGAUAUACCCAUCGAAGGCCACACACUAUCUUCGCAUGCUUGCAUUUGUGCCCAUCUUCAAACCCCUUCUAUCUUGAUUCUAGACGUUCACGUACCAUGCAUCUACUUUCUUUACUUUCCCAUUGAAUCGCUUAACAUCAGUCUAAUAGUCAAGUCGCUCACAUGACCAACGCAUAGCCUAUACACAAAUAGCCACUCGCACUACCAUGAACGAAAAGAUACCAUUCGUAGAGCAAAAAAAAUGGGUUAGAUUUGGCUGUCGUUGUGUACGAUCAGGAUACGCCAGAAUCACAACAAGAAUCAGAGUAUAACUUGUCGAUGUGAGUAGUAUGAUAUAUAAAUUCGACUUCCUCC